GUCAUACAGAGAAGUUCAAGAAAUAUAAGAAAUGUGGAAGAACCUUCUGUUGAAAGUAAAUCCUUACUCAUCAAAAAAUUCUUACUGGAGAGAAAUCUUGUGAAUGUGGGCAAGCUUCCAUUCAGAUGUCAAACCUUAGUCAGGAAAAAAUUUACACUGGGGAGAGCCCCUUUGCCUGUAAAGUAUGUGGGAAAGUCUUCAACCAACAAUCAAAUCUCACUGAACAUGAACAUUUUCAUACUAGAGAGAAACCUUUUGAGUGUAAUGAAUGUGGAAAAACUUUUAGUCAAAAGCAGUAUGUCAUUAAACAUCAGAACACUCAUACUGGGGAGAAGCUUUUUGAGUGUAGUGAAUGUGGAAAAUCCUUCAGCCAGAAGGAAAAUCUCCUUACCCAUCAGAAAAUUCACACUGGAGAGAAACCUUUUCAGUGUAAGGAUUGUGGGAAAGCUUUCAUUCAGAAGUCAAACCUCAUCAGACACCAGAGAACUCACACAGGAGAGAAACCUUUUGCAUGUAAGGAGUGUGGGAAAACCUUCAGUGGCAAAUCAAACCUUACGGAGCAUGAGAAAAUUCAUAUUGGAGAAAAACCUUUUAAAUGUAAUGAAUGUGGAACAGCUUUUGGCCAAAAGAAGUACCUCAUAAAACAUCAAAAUAUUCACACUGGAGAGAAACCCUAUGAAUGUAAUGAAUGUGGAAAAGCUUUCUCUCAAAGAACAUCACUUAUUGUACAUGUGAGAAUUCAUUCGGGUGAUAAACCUUAUGAAUGUAAUGUAUGUGGAAAAGCUUUCUCUCAAAGUUCAUCUCUUACUGUGCAUGUGAGAAGCCAUACAGGUGAGAAACCAUAUGGUUGUAAUGAAUGUGGAAAAGCCUUCUCUCAGUUUUCAACCCUUGCUCUACAUUUGAGAAUACACACAGGUAAGAAGCCUUAUAAAUGUAGUGAAUGUGGGAAAGCUUUCAGCCAAAAGUCACACCACAUUAGACACCAGAAAAUUCAUACUAACUAAAACCAUUGAAAGUGGGCAGUUUUUACCAGAAAGUUACACUUAAUAGCACACCAGAAAUAAUUAUUCUGAUGGAAAGCACCACAAAAUGAGAGAAACUUUAACAAUAGCUUAAAUUUUUUUACUGGACUACUGGGAGUUCACAACGAAGAAAACAUUUUUGUAUAAAAUGCCUAAUAGACCUACAGAAAACAGCAAAGAUGAUGCUGAAACUUUAAAAGCGUGUCCAUUAAAACUUGGAAAAAGCAGAUGCUUAUCAUUGCUGUCAACAUGGAUUUGGGAUCCUCACUAUUCACUUGAGGUAUUAUGAUCAUCUACACAAUAUCAAACAUCUUCACAGAAGAACAGAAAGAACCUCAAAACAAUUUAUCAUUUAUCAUAAUUUGGACAUGCUAGAAAUGCAUCAUGAAGUGAGAUAAUGAUACUUUAAAAUGUGGUUUAGAGGUUUCUUGUGGGGUGGGAAAGGUAGGAAUUGAUCAUAUGUCAUUAAAGUUAAACUCGACGGCAUUAAAAACAAGAAAGGAGUAGGAAAGUUUUGUGGAUAAGAAAUCCCAAAGUAUCUAGCAUUUCUAUUCUUGAGUGUAUGCUUCAGAAUAAGUUACAGGAUAUGUACUAUGGCAUAAUUUUUCAUAGCCUAAAGUUGGAAGCCACUUAAUUCAGAUCAGGAAUGAAAUAGAAAAAUCUUAAUGGAAUAUGUAUCUGUAAAAUGCAACAAGGUUUCUAUAUAGUAAAAGAGAUCUUAAAAAUCCCGUAGAGGGAGAAAAAUUGCAGAAUGAUGUAUUUAGUGUUAAUGACAUUUUUGUAAUGUUUAAAACUUUCCCUCAAAAUUCAAUACUAUAUAUUGAUAACGGAUGAAUAUAUGUAUGUAUAUAUUUAAAAACUGGAUUGGAAGGAUAUUGAUAGGCAGGGUUGCCUGUGAAGAGUGGCUAAAGGAAAGAAAGGAAUGUGGACAGUGGGAUGGGGAUUGUCUAAUGAAGACUUCAGGUUUAUAUAUGUAAACAUCCAUUUCUCUUAAAAAUGAAACAUUCUGUAAGUAAAUAUUCUAUACAGGUAGUGGUAAUUCUGGAUUGUGGUAUAUGGAUACUUUGUUUUAUUUUUUGUACUUUUCUGUAUUUUUAAAGUUUCUCAAAAUAAAAGUGAGGGUGGGGUCGGAAAGCUGUACAUGUAGAAGUAAUGUUAUAAUGAAUUCAUUCUCAAAUACUAAACUUUUAUAAAAUAUUUCUAAAAUUUUAUCAGUGAUGAGUGUAUGGACUUGUUCCUUAUGUAAUAGGAAAUUAACUAUUUUAUUAAAAUUAAAAGUGAUAGUAUAUACAA